CCCAAAUCAAACUCUUACCUUAAAGGUUUUGCUCAAUUCCAUCACAAUUGUUAGAUAUUUAGGUUUUCUUCAAUCUCACCGGAUUCUUAAUUGGCUUCAGAUCCAGUCUCAAAAAUGGAGUCACCGCACUCGAAUCUGCUCCCUGAAGUCGAUUCUUUACCCGAUGGAUUCGUCGACGGCGCAACAGACCCGCCUCUCAAUUCACCGAAAACCCAGGAAGAAAAUUGUAUCACAACAACAAUAAACCAUGAAACUGUUGCGAUCGAAAAAGCAGAGAAGCCGAGAACUUUUCCAGUUCCUUUGUGUGAAACAGAUGGUAAUGAAGAUGACGAAGUAGAUGACCUAAUUCGAGACUCAGAGAAGCUUAGCUUAGAGGCAGAGUUAGAGCAGAAACAAGAAGAAACAUCUACUCCUGUUUCUCAAACAUUAUCAGAAGGGUCAAGUCAAAAUUCAACCUUGUCUAAGGAAAUGGAUUCACUCAAACCCAAAAAACAACAGGAGGUGGUUGAGAGCAAGCGUAAGGGUUCAAAGAAUAUGUUUAAAUCAGAGAAAGAGUUUUUGGAAUUUAUGCUCAAGUAUCAGCAAGUUCUUUCUGAAAGAGAUUCUGCUAUUACUGUUCGUGACAAGCUUGAAUCACUUUGUAGAGAAUUACAACGUCAAAACAAAAUGUUGAUGGAAGAAUGCAAGCGGGUGUCAACUGAGGGACAGACUUUAAGAUCGGAUUUAUCGACAAAGUUCCAGGAUGCAAUUAAGGAUGUAAGCAUUAAGUUGGACGAGCAAAAGGAUGAAAGCCUCACACAACUAAAAGAAAACGAGAUGUUGAGGACGAAGUUGAAGCACCUGGCUGAUCAAUUUAUGCUUUCAGAACAACAACAUGAACAAAGAUUGAAGCAGAAAACACUUGAGCUACAGAUCUCUGCUUUAAAAAUUAAACAGCACGAGGAGAAACUCAUCCAUGAACAAUCUCAGAUGAAAGUUUACGCAGAUCAAGUUUCUCAGCUUUUAUCUACUGAGAAAAAUUUGCGGUUGCAGCUAACUGCUGAUGGAGAUAAAUUCCAGCAGUUCCAGGACGCGUUGGUGAAGAGCAAUGAGGUGUUCGAAACAUUCAAACAAGAAAUCGAUAAGAUGUCAAAAGCAAUCAAAGAACUUAGGAAAGAAAACGCAUUCUUGAAGAGCAAAACUGAGAAGUCGGAUAUCACUCUCAUAGAACUCGUUGAAGAGCGUGAAAGAUUGAAAAAGCUGUUGGAGAAGACAAAGAAACAAAAAGACAAGCUUGAAUCUCUUUGCAGAUCCCUUCAAGCUGAAAGAAAGCAGAAAGAAACUAACAGUGCCGAUUCUGCACUUCAACCAUGAACCAGAGAGAGACUAUGAAUUCAAUUUUUUUGCUUUUUUUGUUUGUUUUUCAGAGUUUUUGAACUAAUUAGCACUUGAGAUUACAAAACUACAAUUAGACCUCAAAUUCACUUUUAAAAUGUAGAGACAUCACAUCAUAUUGAUUCUGCUCUUUGUGAGCAAAGUCCAUUUUA